AGGACCAUUUUGACCCUGUCGGCCCCGGCACCCCCCCGCCGCACCCCAGCCCCGAGCAUGGGGACGGCGCUUCUCCAGCGCGGGGGCUGCUUUCUCCUGUGCCUCUCGCUGCUGCUCCUGGGCUGCUGGGCAGAGCUGGGCAGCGGGCUCGAGUUCCCGGGCGCUGAGGGCCAGUGGACACGCUUCCCCAAGUGGAACGCCUGCUGCGAGAGCGAGAUGAGCUUCCAGCUCAAGACUCGCAGCGCCCGCGGUCUCGUGCUCUACUUCGACGACGAGGGCUUCUGCGACUUCCUGGAGCUCAUCCUGACGCGCGGCGGCCGCCUUCAGCUCAGCUUCUCCAUUUUCUGCGCGGAGCCCGCCACGCUCCUGGCCGACACGCCGGUCAACGACGGCGCCUGGCACAACGUGCGUAUCCGCCGCCAGUUCCGCAACACCACGCUCUUCAUCGACCAGGUGGAGGCCAAGUGGGUGGAGGUCAAGUCGAAGCGCAGGGACAUGACCGUGUUCAGCGGCCUCUUUGUCGGGGGGCUGCCCCCGGAACUGCGCGCUGCGGCGCUCAAGCUGACGCUGGCCUCGGUGCGGGAGCGAGAGCCCUUUAAAGGGUGGAUCCGUGACGUGAGGGUCAACUCCUCCCAGGCCCUGCCAGUGGACAGCGGCGAGGUGAAGCUGGAUGACGAGCCGCCCAACAGUGGCGGGGGGAGCCCGUGCGAGGCUGGCGAGGAGGGCGAGGGCGGGGUGUGCCUCAACGGAGGCGUGUGCUCGGUGGUUGACGACCAGGCGGUGUGCGACUGUUCGAGAACCGGCUUCCGCGGCAAGGACUGCAGCCAAGAAGACAACAAUGUGGAAGGUCUGGCGCACCUGAUGAUGGGCGACCAAGGUAAAAGUAAAGGAAAAGAGAAUAUAUUGCCACUUUCAAGGGAUCUGAAUACUUCUGCUACGACUUGUCUCAAAACCCCAUCCAAAGCAGCAGCGAUGAAUACUCUCUGUCCUUUAAAACUCUUCAGAGGAUGGACUGAUGCUUCACACCGGGAAUCGGCUGAUUAUGUCAUCUUGCCUGAAAAUGAGCUGUUUCUCUGGUCAUUACUUUGGGAUCAGGGGCCUUUGAAGCACUAGUGGAGCCCGUG